AGGAUCUACUCGGGCUGCUUUAAAAGACAGUUUGUUGCCAUGGCCUCAAAUGCCAGCCACGUGUUGGAGGCUGCCUUGGAGCAAAUGGAUGACAUUAUUGCUGGCAAAAUGGAUGAAGGGCUGUUCAGUACUCUGAUGCGGUUGGGUGACCAGGGUUACCAAGCCUCAGAGUGUACCUCACAGUUGACCCUUCACCCAGUCGUGGACCCUGCCAUCAAGGCUCUCCAGCUGACUGAGGCCCUUAGGACAGUGCUGGAGGGGCAGGGGAGUGAGCAAGAACAGGAAUCACUUAGGAAACAAGUCUCCACUGAUACAGCACACGUUAUACUAAAAUGGCUGGACAGAGAUAAGGUAAACCUCCAUUCAUCUGGCAAUAGUGAGUCCUACCAGGAGCGGUUAUCACGUCUGGAAGGAGACAAAGAGUCGCUAAUUCUGCAGGUGAGUGUGCUGACGGACCAGGUGGAAGCUCAGGGGGCCAAGAUCAACGAUCUACAGAAUUCUUUGGUGGAGCAUCAGCACAAACUCAACUCCACAGAGGAGAUGCUACAGCAGGAGCUCCUGCAUAGGACGUCACUGGAGAACCAGAAGCUGAGUCUUAUGGGGGAGGUGUCCUACCUGAAACUGAAACUGGCAGACAUGGAGGGAAAACAGAGCCAUGGGGCAGAAAGGCAGCACAAAGCAGAGACUGUAGUGAAUUUCAUUAGUGAGUUGCAGGAGCAGAUGUGUAGGUUUCAAGAGGAGAUCAAUAACAAGAUUCAGGAGAAAAAGGCCUUGGAGAUCCCAGCUGAGAGCAGCUCUCCAGUGGCGUGCCCCACUGAGUCCACUGAGAGCGAGAGCUCAAACCCCAGGCCAUCUUGUGACAGAACGUCAGGGGUGAUGCACAGACUAGAAGAGGCUCCAGGAGGGCCUGAUGGGGACACGGACAGCCUGGAAGAGGGUAGCUCAGAGCAGCUGUACCACUGUGGAGAAGAAAGUGGCUUACUUAAAGAGCUCCGGAUUCUUAAGGACAAAGUGGAGCACCUGGAGGAUCAGAAGUUACAGUACGAGAAGAAACUCAAAGCAACAAAGGCAGAGAUCAGCAGCCUUCAGCAGCUUCUGCUUUGUAAGAACACCGAGAUCGAGAGCUUGCACACUCAGCUACAGGCCAGACCCUCUCUAUCCCUCGAGAGCCCGGAGAGAGAUCAGGAGCUGCAGAGGCUUAGGAGUGGAAUGAAAUCACUGGUGACUGCCAAUGAUGAAAAGGACCGACGCAUUGAAGAGCUCACUCUGCUCCUGAAUCAGUGCAGGCAAUUCAGAGAGGUCACUCACCCCACAAGGCAAGCUCCACCUGCUGUUCGUUCAUUGUCAAAUGGUAGGACGGCGUCAAGCAGCAGUGAGGAAGAAGAGCAUGUACUGAUGAAGAAUACUGACUCUGCCAGUGCUAAAUCUGUGGAUGGAAAGUCUGAAGUUUCUACAAGCAGUUCUUCCUCCCAACACACAUCUGUAUCAUCGGCCCAGAGGGACAGCGAUUCCAGAACAGAACCGCAGACUUUAUCCAGUAGCAUGAAUGACCUAACAAAUGGACCUUUGUCAAAGAGUGGUGCGCAUGACACCAGAAGUCAGACUCUGCCUGUGAAUUCCUCUCUGUCGGAGCAGAACGAGAACGGAGACAGCAGCAGUGAAGUCCACAGUCAAAGGUCUCCAGAUGGGAGCGAAGAUGGAGACUCCAGCCAAAGAAAGCUGGAGAAAGUUGAUGACAGCAAUUCAAGCGAUAAUUCUUCCGUUCAUUCUGGAGCGAACACACAGGCUGGCCAACGAGCUGUGGGCUCAGCAGAAUACAUCAAGAAUAACAGGAGCUUUAAGAGGCUCUGGGGGAAACUUCGAAGAACCCAAUCAGGAGGGCUCCAGGCAGCCGAUCCAGAUGCCGGUCAGUUUAGAAGAGGGGGACUGCGUGCGACAGCAGGACCAAGACUGACCAGGACCCCCGAAUCUUAUGACUCAGCACGUGAUAUGAAUGUUCCAUUCAGCCAGUGGACCAAGGAGCAGGUAUGUGGCUGGCUGGAGGACUAUGGACUGGGCCAGUAUGUCAAUCUCACCAGGCAGUGGGUUGACAAUGGACAGACGCUGCUGUCUGCCACACCUCAGGACUUUGAGAAGGAGAUGGGUAUGAAGAAUCCACUGCACAGGAAGAAGUUACAUCUCGCCCUGAAGGCAUUCACCACUAAAGUUAUAGAGAAAUCAUCAGAGCUGGACUACAUCUGGGUCACCCGCUGGUUGGAUGAUAUUGGUUUGCCUCAGUAUAAAGACCACUUCCAUGAAGCCCGGGUGGAUGGUCGAAUGAUACAAUACCUCACAGUGAAUGACCUCUUGACUCUGAAGGUCACCAGCCAGCUUCAUCAUCUCAGUGUUAAAUGUGCCAUCCAUGUCCUUCAUGCCAACAAGUUCAACCCCAACUGUCUACGACGUCGGCCAGGGGAAGAGAAACAGCCCUCUCCCUCAGAGGUGGUGCAGUGGUCGAACCAUCGUGUGAUGGAGUGGCUGAGAGCUGUGGAUCUAGCUGAGUACGCUCCUAAUCUACGGGGCAGUGGCGUUCAUGGAGGGCUGAUUAUCCUGGAGCCUCGCUUCAGCUCAGAGACUUUGGCCCUGCUGUUAAAUAUUCCUCCACAGAAGACUUUGCUCCGCCGCCACCUCGCCACUGCCUUCUCUGCCCUGGUGGGGCAUCAGGCCACGCAGGAGAAGCGAGAGUAUGGCAAUGCCACAGGACAUGUGCCCCUCACUACCACUGCUAAAGUAAAGCCAAAGAAGCUGGGCUUCACACAAUUCAGUCACCUGAGAAAAAGGAAACCUGAUGAAUCUGCGGACUAUAUCUGCCCAAUAGACAGUGGAGCUCUGACAGUGAAUGGGGUUUCUCGCUUGCCCUCUGCAGCACUUAGGGGCCUUAGCCCCACCUUGGACAGACAGGCUGAGAGGCAGCAGCGGGUGGAGAUAAAAGCUCAGGCUAAUGGCCCAAAACAAUAAGUUAAAACACAGCACACUCCCCUCUCACUCGCCAAAUGAUUCCGAGAAUCAUUGGAAGCUCUGAUGCAGAAAUGUACCCAAGACGAAUCCACGUGGUGACAUGCUUGAUGGUCAGCAAACAGGCUGCGGUAAUACGCAGGCAAUGUUAAUAAUUGUUGAUAUGUUUUCAACCAAAUGUUGCCGAAGCAAUAUUCAUCUAAAACGGUGAAGAGUUGUGACAUUGUAUGAAUUGUUUUAUAAAAGCUGCUCUCUGCAUUCCUGAUACAGUUGGAUUCCAAAGCUUAUACUUUUGCUUAAAAACAAUGCGUUUUAUUGACCAUUUUGUAUGUAAACUUCUGCAGAUGUAGUUUGAACGUUGAUGACCUUUUCUUGUUAUACUGUAUAUCUGGAUUGACUGCAGUAUAAUAAUAAUAAUAAUAAUAAUAAUAAUAAUAAUAAUAAUAAUAAUAAUAAUAAUAAUAAUAAUAAUAACUGACCCCAGUUAUUCAUUCAUCUUCUGUAUGACGGACAAACAAUUUGAAAUAAUUUUGUUUCUUGACAGUACACUUACUGUUCUGCACCUUUUAAUAUGGUUUGUUUGUAUAUGAUUCUUUCCCAAAUGUCGCCUUGAUUCAUACACUCAUUGUGACUAUGCAGUAAUAUAAUAAAUUACUGUUACAAUUUUGAAAGCAAAUAUGUUUGCUUCCAUCUGGUGCUUAAAUGCUUUACUGUCUCUGAACAGCUUGAUCAUAUUUACAUUUUAGCUCAAUUAUAGCGUACGGUACUCAUGUCAGUACCAGAGAUAGUUUUCAAGUUUAUGUUUUGAGAAUUUUUUAUUUCAGAAAAUGAACAACCUUGUUGCCCUAUAUUUCAUUAUAGUCAGAGAGACAGCUCACUUCCUGAAGAUGGAGCUUUAGAUCUUGAAUGGGCUCAAAUUCAUUCAACACUGCCCUCUACUGGUCAACAAAUAACAAUGCAAGAAUUGUUGGCGCCACACUAUGUACAGGCCGGGAGGUUUGGUUUGUUCCAGCCCAGGUUAUUUAAAGUGGAAGAGCUGCUUUAAUGUAGCUGACAAAACUGAAAUUGAACCUGUUUUGAUUUGGUUGGUGAGUUAAUUCAAAUAAAUGAAUCAAACAUUAAA